AUGGAAUCGCAAUAUUGUCGAGUUUGUCUGACGGCAGUUGGUGUUGUCUGUAGUGUUCGUGAACCGGCUAACAAAACAUUGUCGCUUUUGGACGUGUUGUGCACGAUUUGUCCCAAAGCAUUCGCCAGUAACCAACAUAAACAAUGGCCCACAAAAAUAUGUGGCGAUUGCAAACGCAGGAUUAUCGAGGCAAACGAGCUGUACGACCUUUGCAUGACCAGCGUUGAAUGCUUGGCGGUGCUGUAUCCGGAUGAACAGUGUGCAACAUCGACGGCAAAUACUCCAAAGAACGACGUUGAGAUGUUCAAUGAUUGGAACAAACAAAUAGAGACUCAAAUUUGUUGUCAAGGUUUUGAUGACACGAAAGAUACAAGAGACAAGUUUGAUGGCAAUCCGUGUUCAACUGUACAGCAAAACGACAGAUUUGAUGUUCAACUGCAACAAAUCGAAGAGGAAUCAAAUCAAUCUGAUAGCAUGAUAGGCUCCAUUGGUUCGCAAAGAGCUGUUGCAGUUACAUCAAUUGUUAAAAUAAACUCCAACGACAAUUCGACGUCAUCUGAUGAGUCAGACUAUGGAAUUGAAGCCCUGCCCUAUACCAACGUUAUUAGUCAGAAAAACCAAUCGGCAAAUGAGCAUCUGUGUUCAUUUUGUGAACCGUCAACAUUUUUCGCAUCUGCGCGAGACUUGAGCGACCAUUUAAAAUCCGUGCACAAAGAUGAGGUCCACUGUUGUAAUAUCUGCGAUAUGUUGUUUUUGGACAUAGAAAGCCUUGAAAAACAUGAUAGAAUUCAUGCAAGUGGGCUAAAUUACUUUUGUAGCGUCUGCAAGCAAGGCUUCAUAACAAGAGAAGCUCUGAAAAACCAUCUUCCGACUCACACUUGUUCUUUGCUGUGCUCCCAUUGUGGCAAGACCUUUUCGGACAACACGAAAAGGGCUGCACACAUCCGAUACCACCACUCAAAUUUGAGCAAAUCAUAUGCUUGCUCGUUCUGCCCAGCGAAAUUUAAGAUGAAAGGUAGCUUUGAGAAAUGA